UAUUUGCGGUUGCAAGACAGUCAUGUUCCGCUUACACGUACAUAUCGGAUAUUAGCUGAAUUGACAGAGACAAGCGAUCACAGUGGUCUGUGUGAGGCUCGAGACAUUUAUCUCUAGUGUUGAUCUGCUGCAAAGGUGUGAAGAAGUAAUUUGAAUAGACGGCUGAGAAGUAAAGAAGAACACUUAGUUUUGUUUUGUUCAAUGCCAAUCCUUACAACAACUUCAGCAACAAUCUCUUCUGCCAAAUGCUACAGCAAAGUCAGGAUUGUACAAUCUAGUGAAAGGCAGACAGUUGUUAGAUAUCUUUUGAAAAUUAUAUGAGUGACCUUUUAUUAAGGAGAGUUGCCUCUGUAUGACUCAAGUAUAAUUUUAUAGCUAAGAAGUGAGUCAGUUUACAUGAGUAUGCGCUUUGAAUGAAUGGUGUAUCUGACCAACAACAACAGCCUAGGUUUGUCGUGUCUGAGGGUAAGAUAAAUGCAAAAAGGUGCACAGAACCAAAUCUCCAGUACGUUCUCUAGCAAUACAACCUCUACAAUAGUGAGUUAAUAAGAAUGUCAGGCUCCUUCUCACACCCCUUCUCAGAAGAGUCAGGAUUUAGGGUGUGUUGAUUGAUACUACUAACAAACACAAUGUUAGUCACAUCAUAGCGAUAGGCCCCCUUGGGUUUUGUUAUGUGACUGAACCGUGAACCCCCCCGUUUCUCCCUGUCGUCGCCCUCCGGUUGUGUGGAUGAGGUGAACACAGGCUUUUCGCUGUUUUCCCCUUGAAGCGUCACUGUGAGGUAGAUCUCCACCCCCCACCCCUUUUUUUUCAGAGAGUGUCCACAUCUGGAGAUAGGAUGAGUUGGUGAGGAGGAAUCAGUGUCAGGGCUGGCACAAAGUGCUGCUUCCAUAAACCUUUUGAGAACAUAGAACAGUUGAGUUGACUUUCCUCACUGACUCACACAGUCAGGCCUAGAUCAAACAACCAAACAGAUCCCUACUACAUAUGCUUGCUUUUCAUUCAUGUCUGUCUGACUGAUUCAAUCGAAUCAUCUCGACACCAGCCAAGACCUGCAGUACCGAUAACGGCCAGUCUCCUUACCACCCAAGCCCCUUCUCCACUCAUCGUCUCACCCUGGGAACUGGAGCUUCUCUCUGCUGGGGGCUCUGUCUCGCUCAGGCUGAAGAGUGGUCCUACAUCCUGGUCUGCCUUAGCUUAACAGACACCAGGGCUGGGCCAGCUGUACCAAGAGGAACACAUACCACACUGACAGAGAGAAGGGCCACUGGACUACAGAGCUGACUACUCUGGAUCCUGGCCAUGAGGUUUGAUGCCACGCUCUACUGACGGGAGACACUGGACCUAAAUGGCGCAGCAUGACUUUGUUCCAGCCUGGCUUAACUUUUCCACGCCUCAGCCCGCCAAGUCUCUUGCAGUGUUUGAGAGGCACGGAGAGAAUCUUGCCCGCGGUGAUGCUCGGCCCGCUGUGAGCCGCCGCCGCCAUAACUCCUCCGACGGCUUCUUCAACAACAGCCCUCUCAGAGCACCUGCAGGUGAUGGGUUGCACCAUCCCUCUCUCCUGCGGCAUGACUCUGUGGACUCAGGCGUGGCUAAGGGAGUGCAGGGGGGCCUGGGCAGCGGUCUCUGGGGGCAGGAGGGACCCCACCAUGGGCGCCACACCAAGCGCCCUGUGGGGGACAGGGACAGGGAGCGACCAGGGCCCCACCGUCAGCGUAACGGGACCUUCCACCCCCGGAAAGGAGGCUUCCUGCCAGUUGAGGGAGGCCAUGAGGACAAGCUGAAGUUUGUGGAGGAGGAUUUUCCCUCACUCAAUCAAUCAGAGAGCAGUGGGAAGCCGGUGGCCCAGCCUCAUGCCGUAGGGACUCCUGUAGGAGUUUGGGAGCACCCCCCUAGUGGCAAGCAGACCAUAACUAAGAUGUUGGUCAUCAAGAAGGUUUCCAAGGAAGACCCUGGCGCUUCUUUCUCUGCUGGUUUCGCCAACACAACGGUACCCCACCUAACCAACGGCACCAAAACCCCAAUCUCCUCAUCCAGUGUCUACAAGAACCUGGUGCCCAAGCCAGCUAUCACCCCAACCAAGGCUGGUCCCUGGAAGCCAAGCGGGAGAGAAACCAAAAGCAGUUUGAAUUUAUCUGGCUGGGACUCCGCCUUCACCAGCCCUGCUGCCUCAGUGAACAAACUUCUUACUCAUGUCACUCCCCCGACCUACGGCCCGACCUACGGAACCCCCAAGGAGCCUUCCUCCAGCAUCACCCCUCCCAUCGACGUCACCCUUCCUCGUCUGAAGCUGAUGCGUCGCAGCACUGACCGGAAGAGUGAGUUCCUGCGAGGCCUGAAGGAUGAUCGGAACUGGGACGGGCCCACCUCUACCAGUCCAUCAGAACCUAAGGAGAACAGAGGAGACUUACAGGAGAAUGGGAUCCCUCACUCUCUCAGCGACUCAGACACAGAUCACCUUUCCAGCUCGUUGGAGGCAGAAUACAGGUUGCUCAAAGCUAUGGGCUGGCAGGAGUACCCAGAGAAUGAUGACAACUUUUUGCCCAUCACUGAUGCUGAGCUCCAAGAAUUUCAAGCUAAAACUGAGAAGAUCAAGUGCUGUGCAUGGUGAUGACGUAAGGCACAUAAAAACGACUUCUGCAGUUAAGUUCCCAUGUACAAAUAAAAAAACACAAAUGGGUUACCAUCGCAUUUUCAACUCUACCACUCAACUCUGUCACAAAAACUGUUGCAAUAAAUAGAAAACUUGCCUAAUGUGGUUCUGGUGCAUGCUCUCUGGACAACAGUUUGCUGAUAAAGUGGACCGGUUACAUGAUGUGAUAUGGAUAAGAGCAAGGUCAUUUUAUUUGAUAAUUGGCAACAAGCACCGUUCAAAUAAUAGUCUACCCUCGAUAUUUAGCCUAUUGGAAAUUUGCAUGAUCACUGUGCACUUAACCAUGUGAAGUUCAUCAUAAAUUAUUCCAACGUGAAGUUCAUCAUAACUUAUUUCAUCUGCCUAUAAACUUUUCAUGCUUUUCCAUGUCGUGGUGAAAGGCUGUGAAAGACUGUGGUAGGCCUACAAUGUGACAUCAUUGCGUGAUUAAUAUCAAUAUUUUCACCGCCAUUUCACCAUAUCCCACCAUUUCGAACAAACAAAUUGUCUAUCGACAUUUAUGAAUUUGGAUCAGGUCUGCAUGAAAAGUUUGGAAACCUGGUUACUGUUGUUAUUAAUCUAUCUGUCUGUUCUAGCUGAAGAGGAACAGGCUGGUCCAGAACGGUGUUCUCCUGAAGCCUCUUCUCAAGGGUGCGCCCCUGCCCCUGCUGUCCUGGAGAAGCCCUGUAGAGCCUGAACUAGAAGAGGUCUCAGAGUCCGAGAGCACUAGCAGCAGCCAGACAGACGACGACGACACCUAACAUGGCUUUACACCCCUCCUCUUAUUAUUCCUUACGUCACGCUCAUUGCACUCGUCUGUUUUACACUUCUUCCUCGUUCACAAGAGACUGGUCAUACAGACACUGGUGUGACAGAGAGGGGUCAAAGGUCAUGCCUGAGGGUCUUCUUGGCUUUCCUUCUGCUUUUUCUUUCCUUUCUUUCUUUUUUUGACCCCUUUGUUUGGUCUUUUCCUAGAAGCUGAAAUGAUUAUUGAAAGCAAAACACAUCAGCAUUUUUCUUUUGAUUUUGUUAUGAAAGAAGCUAACCCAUGAUGUUGACAACAACCAAACCAAUAAUGAUUUUACUUGCAAAUGACUUCAUCGAUUGAUACUUAAUUUUGUUGAAAGAUGGCUUUGACACCUGCUCUUGCUGAAACAAUUUGUAGCAUUUGUGUUGAGAUGAAACAAUCAUUGUGAGCAGUUGAUAUUGACAUUGCUUCCAAUCCACUAAAUAACCCUUCUGUAAGGAUUUAGGUUUGUUUUUUGUUUUGGUCCAUUUAAAGCCGACAAAUGGUAAUGCAUCUGUCUUAUUUGAACAGUGUAAGGCAUGCUUUUGCUCAUCAUUAUAUUUCUCCUAAGCGGUAGGAGAACAGUCAUUUACAGUUAUGGACCACCAUUACUUUUAUUGCAGUACUGAUUGAAUGUAGCCAGUAAGGGCAUAAAGAAGAAUAAAACAACGUUCUGAAGUAAUGGAAAUGUCACUUUACCAAACUUAUUCUGGAGAAAAACUCAAUUAUUCCAUCGUAGCUGGUCAAGCUGAUUGUCUGUUCUUAGUUCACCAACCACCAUCAUUUUCAUAUGUUCAAAAUGCCAAGUUCUAUGGUUGAUAAAGAAUGUAAACGUACAGGCCCCCCCCAAAUACUCCUGCUUCUUGUAUUAAGAUACAACCUGGUUUUCUUUCUUACAUGAGGGACUGCUUUUGAAAAUUAUGCAUUUACCAGAUUUAGAUUGCAACAAUUUUCUUGGCUGGUAGAAUGUUCAGCUGGCUUUAUCACAGAUUUAAGGCUCUUUGUUGUUGUUGUUUUCUAAUUUGGUACAGCUGUAAAUCCCACAUAGAUAUUUCUUUUUUUUGCAUAUUGUUCUUGCAGCCUUGAUAUUCAGGGUGGAUUGUAAAAAAAAAUACAAUACAAAUUGUGAGUUUUGAAAAAUGUAAGAUUAUUUUGAUAACAUUAUUUACAUAUUUUUAAAGAUAAGGUUUCCUGUAAUGGACUGUCUGUAUGAGAAAGAAACUACUGCAUCUUGGAAAAAUGUAAUUGUAAUAAAUAUUUUGCAUCGGUUUGCCAAA